UCUUAGUCAACAAAUCAGAUAAAGCUCCUUUUUCUGAGUUAAAGCGCAAGAUGAGUGACCAAAUCUCCACCGGACCUUUAAGUGCAAUGUUCAAUAAGGCAAAGCCUUAUUUCCUUAUGGUAUGCUUGCAAUUUGGUUCAGCUGGGAUGUACAUAAUCAGCAUGGCUUCACUGAUCCAUGGCAUGAACCGUUACGUGCUGAUUGUGUAUCGUAAUGCCAUUGCUGCACUUGUACUUGCACCUUUUGCACUGCUGCUUGAGAGGAGAAGAAGGCCGAAGAUGACAUUCCCAAUCUUCUUACAAAUAAUGACCUUGGGAUUUCUAGAGCCAAUCCUUGAUCAAGGCUUCGCUUACUUGGGAAUGAAAUUCACAUCAGCAUCAUUUACAUCUGCAAUUAUGAAUGCUGUUCCCUCUGUCACUUUUGUUAUUGCAAUCAUUCUGCGAUUAGAGCAUGUUAAGAUCAAGGAAGUACGCAGUCAAGCGAAGAUCAUCGGGACCAUUCUAUCCCUUUCAGGAGCUUUACUUAUGACACUUUACAAAGGCCCAAUAAUCGAUCUAAUAUGGUCGAGAAAAACAAGCCACCAUGUAAGCAGCGGCGACUCGUCUGAUAGCCACUGGAUAGCUGGGACACUAUUAAUCCUUGUAGGUUGUGUUGCCUGGUCCUGUUUCUAUGUUCUGCAAUCAAUUACCAUAAAGAAAUACCCAGCAGAAAUCUCUCUCUCCUCCUUGAUAUGCUUGGCGGGUGCUAUCCAAAGUUUGGCAAUUGCCCUAGUUGUAGAGCAUCGCCUUAGUGGAUGGGCAGUAGGCUGGGACUCUAGGCUUUUUGCUCCACUGUACACUGGAAUAGUUAGCUCUGGAAUUGCAUACUAUGUGCAAGGCCUGGUCAUGAAAACAAGAGGGCCAGUAUUUGUCAGUGCCUUCAACCCUCUAUGCAUGAUCAUUGUUGCUGCUCUCGGAUCUGCGAUCCUUGGCGAGCAAAUUCACCUUGGAAGGUAUUCUGAUCCAUCUUUCCAGCACCAUACUAAAUCAUAUCAUUUUUUUGUACAACUCCAUAAAGAAAAAAUAAUGGAAUUCAUUAGUCCUCAACCAAAAGCAACUUCGGCAAGCACUUUUAGACAUUUUUCUGCCUAUAAGAAGGCCGUUUCUCAUAUCCGUGUUGGCAGCCUAAGAGUAAGUACUCAAGGGAAAACAGAGAAAGAGAGAGAGAGAAACAUGGGAGACCAAACGCCAUGUGCAGCAUUGUCUAACAUGCUGAACAAAGUGAAACCAUACCUGGCAAUGGUCUCCCUGCAAUUUGGAUAUGCAGGGAUGUACAUAAUCUCCAUGGUUUCUUUGAAGCAUGGCAUGAGUAAUUUCAUCCUUGCUACGUACCGUCAUGUUGUCGCAACCAUUGUCAUUGCACCCUUUGCCUUUGUCCUUGAAAGGAAAAUAAGGCCAAAGAUGACCCUCCCUAUCUUCCUCAGGAUUGUGCUUCUUGGUUUCCUGGAGCCAGUACUUGACCAGAACUUGUACUAUCUCGGAAUGAAGUACACCACAGCAACAUAUUCAUCUGCUUUCGUCAACAUGCUUCCUGCUGUUACCUUCAUACUGGCAAUGAUUUUCAGGUUAGAGAAGAUCAAUGUGAAGAAGAUACAGAGUCUAGCAAAGAUCAUUGGAACUGCAAUCACGGUGGUAGGAGCAAUGGUCAUGACUUUGUACAAAGGUCCCAUUAUUGAUUUCAUCAAGUCAGGAGGAGCUACCCACCAUGGAACCACCACUGAAUCUGCAGAUAGGCACUGGGUUACUGGGACCAUAAUGCUUCUGGGAAGUAUAUUUGGCUGGUCUAGCUUCUUCAUUUUGCAAUCUUUCACGUUGAAGAAGUACCCUGCAGAGCUCUCUCUUACAGCUUGGAUAUGUUUCAUGGGAAUGGUGGAAGGUGCAGGAGUGUCCCUUAUCAUGGUCCGUGACUUCAGUGCCUGGAAAGUAGGCUGGGACUCAAGGCUUCUUGCUGCAUCUUACUCUGGAAUAGUGUGCUCCGGAAUGGCAUAUUAUGUGCAAGGAGUCGUCAUCAGGGAACGAGGGCCAGUUUUUGUAACAUCUUUCAGCCCUCUGUGCAUGAUCAUCACUGCUGCGCUGGGGGUUAUUGUUUUAGCUGAAAAAAUCCACCUUGGAAGCAUACUUGGAGCCAUUAUCAUAGUCUCAGGUCUUUACUCUGUGGUGUGGGGUAAAAGCAAAGAUCCGAAAAACUCAGAAACAGAUGAGAAAAGCAUUGCCCAGGAAUUGCCAAUCACAAACAAUGCUAGAUCAAUCAGGGUUGAUGAUGGCAUUGAUGGACCUGCCAAAAUUGUUAAUAUUCCAGCUUCAAAGAGCCCCUUAAGUACUCAUGGAACAUAA